AUGUCAGAAGCUGCGAACCGCCAUGAGGCCGAUUCGGUUGCCGACAAUACGAGCAAUAAACCGGACAGCGAAGUUCGACUCAGUUCCACACUUGGGCAGACGGAAUGCUCGAUCUGUCACAGUACUUUUCGAAGACCAGAGCAUUUGAAACGGCACUUCCGCAGCCAUACAAAGGAGAAGCCGUUCGAAUGUGUGAAAUGUGGGCGUCAUUUCUCAAGAACUGACACGCUGCAUCGGCACGAACUCAGCCACCAUACCUUGGGACCGGAAGGCGGCAAGGAUCGUAUGCACCGCAUUACGGUCAAGACAUUUAGGGCUUGUUUCAAAUGCGCAGUAGCAAGAGUGAGAUGUAGCGGUGGCUCUCCAUGUGUACGCUGUCAGAAUAGAUCUCUUGAAUGCCAGUACCCAACAGAACGACGCUCCAAAACCAAGUCGCGGAAGCAGGCUCCACAGCGUUCGUCACCUUCUGAAGAAAAUGCGCUCCAUGGACAGGCUUCUCAGCAUGGUUCACCUCCUUCUCCUGCCGUCGUCCACGCAAACAGAGAAGAAACCAGAGAUAACUCGAGAAACGAACCUCCCAGAUUCCAGAUUACGGAGUUUCAGUUAGAUAUCACUGGGUCGAACUGGACCACAGGCACAUCAUCGGGAGACAGAAUAGUUGUUAGAGACUCCCAGGCAAAUUCUCGCGAUGAAAGAGUAACGGUCCGGGAUGGCCCAGCAACAACAGAGGCCGAAAACUUGGGCACUCCCCUACUCUUGCAGAACGCUGCUGGAUCCGCGGAUGAAGCACGCACGAACUUCCCUCCAUAUAGUGGCUUUAACGCUCAGCAGGUGUACCCGUACUUACCCACGUCUGGUGUCGAAAGCGCUUUUCCACCUGGCUCGGCUCCGCCUGUCGGUCAUCAGACCAGAGACCAUCAACCAGAAGGUGCAGCCAGCUCUAAUCUCACUCUCGAAAUGCCGGCAGUUGAAAGUCACCAAUUUCAGCUUGGACUUGACCCGCCAUUUCUCGACCAGUCAAUGCUCUCAACUUUGAAUUGGCUUCCAAACGAUAUGUUUCCCGAUACUCUAAGCAAUCGAUCCCUUUCGCGACCUCCUCCAAUUUCGGAUCAGUUAGAUGCCCUCGAUAACUCACCAAAUCGACCAGCGUGGCUGCCUCCUGUUGUCAAUACACAUCGGAUAAGUUCCUCAGGGCGGGAGGACCUCCCUCAGACAUCGUCUAGACUCAUAUCUCUGGAUCCAGAAGUGGGAACUCCGGACCACUUGGCUCGCAGCAUUGGCGAAGUAUCGGUACAUUCAGAACCAUCACAUGCUGCCAAGCGCUCUGCAGACUAUUAUGUGGAUGGUGCGGGAGCCCGUCUCCCAAAGUACAGACGCAAACGCGAUUCGUGGUCAGGGUCGUCUGCGGAGCCUAUCAACAUUCUCUCACCACUGCACCAAAGUGAUACGCCACUCCAAUUCUCAUUUUCACCUGUUCAAGAGGCACGACUUGACACAAUAUCCGCAGAGGAUACAAACCCAAAUCGUCAAAUAGAGCCCUUGGCGUAUGACAAAAUCUACCAAUCCUUCCUCCAGCUAUGCCGCACGGACAACUCUCUCUAUCCCAAAUUCCAUUCUGGCAAUUUUCCCAGCGCCGCGGCUCUUUCGAGCUUCAUCUAUUUUUAUUUCGACUCCUUCCAGCCAGUUUAUCCUAUUUUUCAUCCUCCUACCUUCAAUCCGAAUAAUUGUCAUUGGCUUGUGACGUUGGCAGUAUCGGCAAUUGGGUGUCGUUUUGCUGGCCUGACUACUGUCGAUGAAUGUACUGCAGCAUUUGAUGAGUUCCUUCGACGAGCCGUUAAUAUCGAGGCGAUGACCCUCAAUUGUAUCGGCAUGCUCCACAGCAGGUAUGAGAAAGUUAGAACCUCUGCGCUCAAUGUCUUCAGCGACUUGGUCAACUUUACUAUGCAAGAAGGAUUGAUAAGCUCCCCUAGCAAGUCAAGAUCUCUGCAUAGUGAGUUUCCUCUAGAGCAAAAGUGGCAUAUAUGGAUCGAGGAUGAGAUUCGACGACGAACCGGAUAUCUGAUAUGGCUCCUCGAUUGUACUUUGGCAUACGACUUUGACAACCGCCCUUUACUAUCUCUGGACGAUGGGCAAGCUCCAUUACCAUCUCAUGAGAGCCUUUGGCAGACUCAAACCUCUGAAAGAUGGAGUGAAGUGGGCAAGAAGUCGGCAGGCCCGCGAGAUGUCUCUCUUUACAGUGCGGUACUCACUAUCUAUAUCGAGAAAAGGCUUGUCCCAGAAAUCGGAGAGUUCAGCCAUGUCCUGCUUAUCCACGCGCUCUAUCAUCGAAUGUGGGAAGUUGGUGACUACUUCCGGCGUCCGUUGUCUUUCUGGAAUCCAACCGCAAAGAAGCAGUCCCUUGAGACUGCAAUUCCGUCAGGAUCCGUAUGGCUACCGGGAAUUCCUUCUUACUCUAAGUGGCGCAACAGUGCGUGCGAUUGCUUGGAUAUUUUACAUUGGACGGCAAAUAGCACCAUAGCGAAAGCGGCGGGGCUUGAGCAUCCAACCGUGCUUCACCUCCACGCAGCUCGCAUGGUUCUUCUUGCACCUUUUCGUGAAAUUCGCUCCUUGGCAACCUCACUGGCGCUGGGUAAGGUUCGAUGGAGUGAACAUCAACAAGCACUAGAGUGGCAUUACAUAUUGCGCUGGAUCAAACAUGACCAGUAUAAAGCUCGCCUUGCUAUUAUACAUGCAGGUACAACCUUGUGGCACGUUCGGCGAUAUUCAACGAAUGCUUUUCACGAGCCGAUUGCCGUCUAUCUGUCCAUACUCACUUUAUGGGCCUACGGCUCGUGCCAUGCUCAGCAGCUUCAAGAGCCCAAUUCUCGUUAUGCAGCCCGAUAUCAGCAGACUCAUGAGCCCACAUUUAUACAUCUUGAUCGGCCUUGUGAUGACGAGCUAGUCCAACUUUUUGUCCGCGAGGGGUAUUCUAUGAGGGGCAAUGUCAUGGGCGUGGGAGACAUCUGCGCUCCUGCUGGUCCUGUACUUGUACUGCAGGCUGGAUGCGAAAUACUUGCCGGCCUUUCAUCAUGGGGCAUUACCAAGCGAUUCAUUGCAAUCCUCACAAAGCUUGCAGAGUUGUCAUCACAGCCACGGGUCCCUGAACACGCGCAACCAGACCAUGGCUGA